AUGAGUGAGUUUCGGAUACACCAUGAUGUCAACGAGCUGCUCAGUCUGCUUCAUGUGCGAGGAGGUGAUGGCGCAGAAGUGUUUAUUGAUCUGCUGCAGAAGAACAGGACACCUUACGUCACCACAACAGUGUCUACACACAGUGCAAAGGUGUUUAAUGGGGAAGUUAUUGGCAAAUGUUUUAUAGGUUUAUGUUCUUCCUAUGCGUUUCCUACAGAUAACAUUGAUUAAUUAAACUUUCAUUCCCAGGUCAAAAUAGCAGAGUAUUCAAAGACGCCAGAGGACUUCCUAAGGAAAUAUGAUGAGCUCAAGUCAAAAAAUGUCCGCAACCUGGACCCACUGGUCUACCUCCUAUCAAAGCUUAGUGAGGAUAAAGAGGUAAUCACUUACAUUUCACAUCUAAUGUUGUUCAGAUGCUGACAAUAACUGCACUGUUCAAAUGUCAAGUACAGUAGAGUAUUGUGUUAUGUCCCAAUAACAUUGUGUUGUGUGUUGAUCUUCUCCAGAUGCUCCAAUGUCUGCAACAGAAUGCCAAAGAAAGGUCUGAAGCAUCUGCUAAUGCGACAACAAGUACAACCUUUGCUAUCCCUCCAACCAGCACCAAGAUAUCAAUGCAGGAACUCGAAGAGCUGCGCAAGAAGCUGGGGAAUGUCACUGCCAGCUCCAGUGUGCCCCAGGUGUGUACUCGCGUCAUUUUAAGGUUACUUUUGAUUAGGUUCAGGAUAUUUUUUUCCUGACCAGGAAAGGCCUGAUGCCCUAUUAUAGUCUAUUACAUAUGUUUUACUAUUGCUAGAGUCUGGAGUUUUUCCUGGUCAAGUCAUGUAUUUAGGAAAACUCCUGGCCCGCGUAUGACUACCUCAAGUGGGCCGGACCAAAUUGUUUUGAAAAGGCUAGAGUUGAAUACAUCUCUAAGUAAUACUACUUUUCCCCCAUGUUUGCAGUCUGCUGAAGUCACACGAAAGAUGCUGAGGGACAGACACAACAAAAAGAACCCCACUCAGCCCAACCCGGUGUUUCCCAACUGGGUGUAUGACCGGCCUGCUCUGAUUGGGGACUUCAUCACCGGUGCCACACCAGCAGGAGGAGACCCAGCAGUGGCCAUUGGUAUGAAUGCUCCUCAUAUCUCACUUUGACACAUUUUGAUAAACUUAAUGAAAUUCCUGCAUAGUUUCACAGACUGAGUGGCUGCUCAUUUUUAUUUAAUAACAAAAUGUGUGAAAAUGUACCUGGUAUGUUUAGUGGUUAUGAGGAUGAGCAUCCUUCAAAUAAUCUCUAUGGUGUUUUAUGAUCAGGUACAAUGCCCCUGCCAGCCCAGGAGCAGGCGUUGGUUGAUGAUCUGCUGUUUGUGCUGGUCGGUGUGGAUGGCAGAGACAUCACGGCCCAGCCUGUCCUCGGGAGGCAGAAUCGCUCCUUCAUCGUUGACCCCACCCUUGACAUGUCCAUCAAGGAGCUGGUCAAUAGGAUACUACCAGUCGCCUCAUACUACUCUACUAUAACACGGUGAGUGAACUUUAAAAGGGGAAUAUUUGGUAUUUUUAUAUUUUAUUAGUAUCUCCAUUAGCUGUUGCUAAAGCAGCAGCUACUCUUCCUGGGAUCCACAUGAAACAUGACAUAAUACAGAACAUUAGACAAGAGCAGCUCAAGGACAGAACUACAUACUUUUUUCUUUUAAAGGCACACAUAGCCUACUUAACAAUACAUACACACAAACUAUCUAGGUCAAAUAGGGGAGAGGUGUUGUGCCGUGAGGUGUUGCUUUAUCUGUUUUUAAACCAGGUUUGCUGUUUAUUUGAGCAAUAUGAGAUGGAACGGAGUUCCAUGCAAUAAUGGCUAUAUAUAGUACUGUACAUUUUCUUGAAUUUGUUCUGGAUUUGGGGACUGUGAAAAGACCCCUGGUGGCAUGUUUCCUAUAAAAAUAAGAAGUGAUGCAGUCAAUCUCUCCUCAACUCUUAGCCAAGAGAGACUGGCAUGCAUAGUAUUUAUAUCAGCCCUCUGAUUACAAUGAAGAGCAAGAUGUGCCGCUCUGUUCUGGGCCAGCUGUAGCUUAACUAGGUCUUUCCUUGUAGCACUCGACCACACGACUGGACAAUAAUCAAGAUUAGACAAAACUAGAGCCUGCAGAACUUUCUUUUUGGAGUGUGGUGUCAAAAAAGCAGACAGACCUCUCCCCAUCUUUACAACCAUUGAAUCUAUGUUUUGACCAUGACAGUUUACAAUCAAAGGUAACGCCAAGUAAUUUAGUCUCCUCAACUUGUUCAACAGCCACACCAUUCAUUACCAGAUUCAGCUGAGGUCUAGAACUUAGGGAAUGAUUUGUACCAAAUACAAUGCUCUUAGUUUUAGAGUUGUUCAGGACCAGUUUAUAACUGGCCACCCAUUCCAAAACAGACUGCAACUCUUUGUUAAGGGUUUCAGUGACUUCAUUAGCUGUGGUUGCUGAUGCGUAUAUGGUUGAAUCAUCAGUAUACAUGGACACACAUGCUUUGUUUAAUGGCAGUGGCAGGUCAUUGGUAAAAAUAGAAAAGAGUAGAGGGCCUAGAGAGCUGCCCUGGCCCUGCGGUACACCACACUUUACAUGUUUGACAUUAGAGAAGCUUCCAUUAAAGAAAACCCUUUGAGUUCUAUUAGAUAGAUAGCUCUGAAUCCACGAUAUGGCAGAGGUUGAAAGGCCAUAACACAUACAUUUUUUCAACAACAGGUUAUGGUCAAUAAUAUCAAAGGCUGCACUGAAAUCUAACAGUACAGCUCCAACAAUCUUCUUAUUAUAAAUUUCUUUCAACCAAUCAACAGUCAUUUGUGUCAGUGCAGUACAUGUUGAGUGCCCUUCUCUAUAAGCAUGCUGAAAGUCUGUUAAUUUGUUUACAGAGAAAUAGCAUCGUAUUUGGUCAAACAAUUUUUUUCCCAACAGUUUGCUAAGAGCUGGCAGCAAGCUUAUAGGUCUGCUGUUAGAACCAGUAAAGGCCGCUUUACCACUCUUGGGUAGCGGAAUUACUUUGGCUUCCCUCCAGGCCUGAGGACCAAGACCUUCCUCUAGGCUCAGAUUAAAGAUGUGACAGAUAGGAGUGGCUAAAGAGUCAGCUACCAUCCUCAGUAGCUUUCCAUCUAAGUUGUCAAUGCCAGGAGGUUUGUCAUUAUUGAUUGAUAACAAUAAUUUUCCCACCUCUCCCACACUAACUUUACAAAAUUCAAACUUGAAAUGUUUUUCUUUGAUUAUUCGUUUUUUUUAUGCAUGAAUACGAUGACUCACUGUUCGUUGUUGCCAUUUCCUGCCUAUGUUUGCCCACUUUGCCAAAGAAGUAAUCAUUAAAAUAAUUGGCAACAUCAAAUGGUUUAGUGAUGAAUAAGCCAUCUGAUUCAAUGAAAGAUGGAGUUGAAUUAGUCUUUCUGCCCAUAAUUUCAUUUAAAGUACUCCAAACUUUAUAUCAUUGAUCUUGGCUUCAUAAUACAGUUUCUUCUUCUUUUUGUUGAGUUUAGUCAUAAUUUCUCAAUUUGCAGUAAGUCAGCCAGUCAGAUGUGCAGCCAGAUUUAUUAGCCACUCCCUUUGCCCCAUCUCUUUCAAGCAUACAGUUUUUCAAUUCCUCAUCAAUCCAUGGAGCCUUAACAGUUCUAACAGUCAGUUUCUUAACAGGUGCAUGUUUAUCAAUAAUUGGAAGAAGCAAUUUCAUAAAUUCAUCAAGUGCAGCAUCUGGAUGCUCCUUAUUAAUCACAUCAGACCAACAAAUAUUUGUAACAUCAUUCACAUAAGUCACAGCAAAAUCUUUUGUAUGAUCUCUUAUAUACUAAGAGAUCAUACAAAGAGCUCAGUUGGUAGAACAUGGCGCUUGCAACGCCAGGGUUGUGGGUUCGUUUCCCACGGGGGGCCAGUAUGAGAAUGUAUGCACUCACUAACUGUAAGUCGCUCUGGAUAAGAGCGUCUGCUAAAUGACUUAAAAUGUAAAAAGAAAAAUACUAUUUUAGGCCCAGCUGUUGGAACUUUGGCUUUCCUGGAUAUAGCCACUAUAUUGUGAUCACUGCAUCCAAUGGGUACAGAUACAGCUUUAGAACAAAGUUCUACAGUAUUAGUAGAAAUGUGAUUGAUACAUGUGGAUGAUUUUGUUCCUGUAGUGUUUGUAAACACCCUGGUAGGUUGAUUACACCAUUGAACCAGAUUACAGGCACUGGUUACAGUAAGAAGCUUCCUCUUGAGAGGACAGCUUGAUGAAAACCAAUCAAUAUUCAGCUCCCCAAGAAACUAGACCUCUCUGUUUACAUCACAUACACUAUCAAGCAUUUCACACAUAUUAUUUAGAUACUGACUGUUCGCACUUGGUGGCCUAUAGCAACACCUCAAAAGAAAAGGCUGAGAUGUGCCAAGUGAACCUGCAACCACAAGACUUCAAUAACACUUGAAAUAAGAUAUGCUCUAAGCAUUACAGGGAUUUGGCUCUGAAUAUAUAUAUAUAUAUAUAUAUAUAUAUAUAUAUAUAUAUAUAUAUAUAUAUAUAUAUAUAUAUAGUUUACAUAGUUGAAUGUGCUGACAACAAAAUCACACAAAAAUGAUCAAUGGAAAUCAAAUGUAUCAACCCAUGGAGGUCUGGAUUUGGAGUCACCCUCAAAAUUAAAGUGGAAAACCACACUACAGGCUGAUCCAACUUUGAUGUAAUGUCCUUAAAACAAGUCAAAAUGAGGCUCAGUACUGUGUGUAGCCUCCACGUGCCUGUAUGACCUCCCUACAACGCCUGGGCAUGCUCCUGAUGAGGUGGCGGAUGGUCUCCUGAGGGAUCUCCUCCCAGACCUGGACUAAAGCAUCCGCCAACUCCUGGACAGUCUGUGGUGCAACGUGGCGUUGGUGGAUGGAGCGAGACAUGAUGUCCCAGAUGUGCUCAAUUGGAUUCAGGUCUGGGGAACGGGCGGUCCAUAGCAUCAAUGCCUUCCUCUUGCAGGAACUGCUGACACACUCCAGCCACAUGAGGUCUAGCAUUGUCUUGCAUUAGGAGGAACCCAGGGCCAACGCACCAGCAUACGGUCUCACAAGGGGUCUGAGGAUCUCAUCUCGGUACCUAAUGGCAGUCAGGCUACCUCUGGCGAGCACAUGGAGGGCUGUGCGGCCCCCCAAAGAAAUGCCAACCCACACCAUGACUGACCCACCACCAAACCGGUCAUGCUGGAGGAUGUUGCAGGCAGCAGAACGUUCUCCACGGCGUCUCCAGACUCUGUCACGUCUGUCACAUGUGCUCAGUGUGAACCUGCUUUCAUCUGUGAAGAGCACAGGGCGCCAGUGGCGAAUUUGCCAAUCUUGGUGUUUUCUGGCAAAUGCCAAACGUCCUGCACGGUGUUGGGCUGUAAGCACAACCCCCACCUGUGGACAUCGGGCCCUCAUACCACCCUCAUGGAGUCUGUUUCUGACCGUUUGAGCAGACACAUGCACAUUUGUGGCCUGCUGGAGGUCAUUUUGCAGGGCUCUGGCAGUGCUCCUCCUGCUCCUCCUUGCACAAAGGCGGUGGUAGCGGUCCUGCUGCUGGGUUGUUGCCCUCCUACGGCCUCCUCCACGUCUCCUGAUGUACUGGCCUGUCUCCUGGUAGCGCCUCCAUGCUCUGGACACUACGCUGACAGACACAGCAAACCUUCUUGCCACAGCUCGCAUUGAUGUGCCAUCCUGGAUGAGCUGCACUACCUAAGCCACUUGUGUGGGUUGUAGACUCCGUCUCAUGCUACCACUAGAGUGAAAGCACCGCCAGCAUUCAAAAGUGACCAAAACAUCAGCCAGGAAGCAUAGGAACUGAGAAGUGGUCUGUGGUCACCACCUGCAAAACCCCUCCUUUAUUGGGGGUGUCCAUUUGCACAACAGCAUGUGAAAUUUAUUGUCAAUCAGUGUUGCUUCCUAAGUGGACAGUUUGAUUUCACAGAAGUGUGAUUGACUUGGAGUUACAUUGUGUUGUUUAAGUGUUCCCUUUAUUUUUUUGAGCAGUGUAUAUUAAUAUGGGCUAUUUUCAGCCCUUUCCUGGGUAGCUUACCAGAGAUAGACAUAAUACUGAUAAGAGCAAACAAAGCAAGAGAAAAAAAUGUACAUUCAGCAGUCCAUUAAUCAGUUGGUGUGUGUGCGCUGCGGGGUUGAAGCUACUAACCCAUAGGCUUUGCCCUCUCAUCCCUUCCAAGCUUCUGGGAGUGAGGAUAGACAAUGAGCCUGUCAUAGCGGAUGUAAGCAAUGUCCCCACGCGCUCUGGUAGCUUUCAUGGCUGGGAUAAGUUCUUUCCUCUUCUGGCGCACAGCUUCAGUAUAGUCCUUGUUGAGGAAGAUGUAUGUUCCUCUCAAGUUCUUGGCUCUUUCCAGAACAGCUACCUUGUCCUUGAACCUCAGGAACUUGACCACUAUUGGCCUGGGCCUGUCACCUGGGCUGGUGGUGGGUUUUCCAGUCCUGUGGGCUUGCUCCACCUCAAUCUUCCUGUGGUCCAUCUUACAUUUCUCAGAUCUUUUCCCUCACUUUGUCCUCAGACUCCUUCCAGGUCUCAUGUGGAGAUUCUGCAAUUCCGUCCACAACCAUGUUGUUCCGUCUUGAUUGUCCCUCUGAUUUAUCCGUCAUUGUUAUCAUGGAUUCACACACACAACUGAUGUCCUCUCUCAAUGACUUACAGAUUGCGUUCAUCUUGCCGUUCUCCUGUUUCAACUCAUCGAGCUGACCCUGGGAGAACUGCAAACUAUUCUUCAGGUCCUGGACCUCUCUGGUCAGAUCGUCCAUUCUUUUAUUAGUUGAAUCCACCAGUAUUUGGACAAAACAUUUGAAGCUAUUUUCUUGAUGUUGUAGCAACUGCUUGUAGAACAAUUUUUUUGUUAGUUUUAAAAUCCUUCACGUGUGGUAGAGAGACACCACUGUCCUCAAUGGUACUCCCACCGGCUUUGGUCUUUGUCAUGGUAGCUAGGAACGUAGGUUAUGCUGUUACUCCUCGCAGUUCCAGACAGGGCAGGCCACAGGGAAGAUUGAAAACAUCAAACAACAGGGAUCUAGACAGCUGCUUAACUUAGUUUUUUCUCAUUCGCUAGACUCAAAUGUAGAUCCUUACACCAUCUGGAGAUGUAUCAAAGGAAAAUGUGCAUUGUGUUGUCAAAUAUUUUGGUUUGUGUUUUGUCUGGCAUAACAGUUUGGCUGUGUUAUGUCUGGCAGCUUCACUGAGGAGAAGUCGUCUUUUGAGUACGGCCAGGUGAACCACGCCCUGACGGCAGCCAUGAGGACCCUGAUGAAGGAGUACCUGAUCCUGGUGACCCAGCUGGAGCACCUCCACAGGCAGGGCAUGCUCUCCCUGCAGAAGCUCUGGUUCUACAUCCAGCCCACCAUGAGGACCAUGGAGAUCCUAGCCUCCAUUGGUAAAGCCUUCAUGAUCAUACAAUAAAACAUCUAUAUAUGAUCCAUAUGCAUCAUAUAUUCGAUCAUACAAUAUACUGUGGUUGGUAGAUAUAUAUAUAUGCAUUGGACAUUGUACUUUUUGCACUUUUGGACACACUUGGACAUUCAAUUGAAUUAUGCUUAGACUGACCUGUCAGUGGUGUUAUGCCGGUCUUGUCUUGUGGUCUAUGAUGAUUUGAUGAUGAUGUGUGUGGUAUGGUCAUUAAGGUAUGUUGUCGUUGUUGCAGACUGCCCAAAGUUAAAAGUACUCAUAGUAUAUAAAAAAAAAUCUAAAGGUUAUUGAUGUCUAUUUAAUCAGUGGGUUGCAUGUUCUGUUUUCAAAGCCUCCUCUGUGGACAAAGGAGACUGCAUGGGUGGGUCGACAUUGAGCCUCCUUCACGAUCGUACCUUCAACUACACUGGAGACAGUCAGGCCCAGGAACUGUGCCUCUACCUCACGAAAGCAGCUAGUGUCCCUUACUUUGAGAUACUGGAGAAAUGGAUCUAUAGAGGCAUCAUCAAGGACCCUUACAGGUACAGUAUUUUGUCGCUCAACUCAUUUACCACAUUUCUUACUUUGAAUCACAUCAGUACUUUUCUAUUGGGUCACAGGCUUGGACAUGACUUAUGACACAAUUUAGAUUUUCAGACAAUGAGUUAGUUGAGCAAAUAUUUUGUUAAUUAUUUUGUCUUCAUAGUGAAUUCAUGGUUGAAGAGCAUGAGUUACAGAAAGAGAAGAUCCAGGAGGACUACAACGACAAGUAUUGGGAUCAGCGGUACACAAUCGUACAGCACAGAAUUCCAUCCUUUCUUCAGAAAAUGGCAGACAAAAUUUUGAGUACAGGUAAGACACAUCAUACUAUUUGGAUCAGAUUUGUUCAGAUCACUUUUUUUGUGCAUCCUGACAAUGGCCAGUGCAAGUCACUGUGUUCCAUAUAGUGUAGAAAACCAAUAGUAUCAAUGUCCUGAUCAUUUGCUGUGGAGUUUUUGUUUUUGAAUAAUUUUUUCUUCUCAUCCUGUUCUAUAGGUAAAUAUCUCAACGUGGUGAGAGAGUGUGGGCGGGACGUGACUUGUCCCGACGCUAAGGAGGUCCUUUACACUCUCAAGGAGAGAGCCUACGUGGAGCAGAUAGAAAAAUCCUACUACUAUGCCAGUAAGGUCCUUCUGGACUUCCUGAUGGAGGAGAAGGAGCUGGUCGCACGCCUUAGGUAAAUAACAACAAAACUAUAAAUAGGUCAAUAAUGUCUGAUGGGGUAUUUCGAAUUUGGUAUGUUCUGUUGUAUGCUAAGAGAUGUAUUCUUCCUAGGUCAAUCAAGCACUACUUCUUGAUGGACAAGGGAGAUUUCUUUGUCCAUUUCAUGGACCUGACGGAAGAGGAGCUCAAAAAGCCAGUGGAUGACAUUGUCCCUCCCAGACUGGAGGCCUUGCUAGAGCUGGCUCUGAGGAUGAGUACUGCUAACACAGACCCAUUCAAAGAUGACCUGAAGGUAAAUAUGCUAGAGAACCAGUCUGUAAUUAAUGCUAUUUUGAAUACAACACCACCAUCUAGUGGUUAUAAAGGAGAGGAGCCUAAUUCCUUAUUCGUUCAG